AUCGUCCACAUUAGCAAGGACUCGAAUCUAAAGACCUCGUACGAUCAUGAACGAACAUCAAAUCCGACAAUAAAUAUAAAAGGUAAACCUAGAUUUUUAAACUCCAAAGGGGAAAGGCCAAGAUUCAAGUGAUUACACUAAUUAAUUCCUCACAAAAAUGAACAACUCAGCAUACAAGAAUUCACAUUAAACUAAGUAGGCAAACAAGGAGAAUAGAUCAAGCUGACCCUAACUCACUUUAUGGUGCAAGGCCCACGUGCCCAGCACGUGAAACUCAUCACAGAAAAAGAUGAAAUAAUUGAAUAGAAGAUAAAAAGGAGCAACUACAAUGGACAUGAAUCAAAAGUAAGUUUGUCAAGAAAUUAUACAAUAGCACAUGCAUUUAUGAGGACUAUUUUCUUGUUGUCCAUAUUGAGGAAGGACAUACUUUAUGCACACAAUUCAAAUGUCCAUUUACUAUUCUUAGUUAGUCUAACUCUUUUUUAAUCUCCACACUCAUUUUGAGCAUUGAUACUUCAUGGCAAAGAAGAAGAAGACCUGGUUCAGCCUAAUUAAGAGGUUUUUCAUUUCAGAGCCACAAUCAAGAAGGGAAAAGGAUAAGCGAAGGAGAUUGGUGUGCCGAUUGCUAAAAGUGAAAGAGCUCGUGCCAUCCUCUCCGCGGGAAAGGCUACCGUGGCAACUCACAUCAACAGACACUCCUGAGCUUCAGCAGAAUAUGGAAACAGCUCAACCAGAAUCUCCUGAAAACCGCAAUCAUGCCAGCAUUCGCAACAACACAUUAGAAGCUUCGGCUGCCAUCAAAGUUCAAGCUGCAUUUCGCGGUUAUCUAGCAAGGAAAGCGCUACGAGCACUGAAAGGAGUCGUCAAGCUUCAAGCUCUUAUUCGAGGCUGGGCUGUUCGACAGCAAGCCAUCAACACCCUCAAGAGUCUGCAGUCCAUAGUAAACAUCCAAUCAGAAGUUUUCUCAAACAAGUGUGAAAGAGCUAAGGAGUUGCAGUGUAAAGAGUACAAAUCACAGGAUUUCAGAGAAAAGGACAUAAAGGUAGAUCUCAACAGCCAAAAGAGGUGGGAUGACAGUACAUUGACAAAGGAAGAGUUAAAAGCUCUGCUUCUUACUAAAAGAGAGGCUUCUAUCAAAAGAGAGAGGGUCAGAGAAUACUACUUGAACCACCGGAGAUCAGCAGAAACAGAACGUGACAAGGUAUACGCGAGACGGAGAUAUUGGUUAGAACAGUGGGUGGAUUCGCAGCUAGCUAAAAGUGAAAGUCCAGGCAAUUUGAUUGGAACCUUGUCAGCUAAUUCAAGAAACAUAAAUGAAAUUGGGGGCAAACUGAGAAAUUUUCAGAAGCAAUAUCAAGCAGAUGUGCCAGAGUCUCCUGCAUACGUCCUGAGAACACCAUAUCAUCAUAGGAAGCAGCGGUCCACAGGAGACGAAACUUUAUUUGUAGGUUCUCCUAUCAUUCCUGCAUACAUGGCCUCGACAGAAUCUGCCAAAGCGAAAGCUAGAUCAACGAGCUCCCCAAGACUACGACCACUUAGUUUUGAUGUGUGUUCUGAGAUUACCUCUCCUUAUAAGCAUAAGCUGUCUCCAAUAUCAUCUAUUAACAGUGAGCUGACAAGCAGUAGUUGGGUUGGGAAUCACUAUCAUAUGGGAUCCUCACAUCGAUCUCCACGGUUUAAAGGAUCACCUGGUCCAAUCAAAUCAACGAUGAGCACGAAGGACAUUAAACUUUGGGGCCUUCAUCACCAAAUAGGUACUAAUGUUGCUCCCACAGCUUGUGCAUGUCCAAUGGGGAAAUAAACUGUGUCAGAUAUGAGGGUUGGGAUAUUUUACUUAAAUUUUAUGUAAGUUAUUGUAUCUUAUAUCUUACAACCAAAAACAUGAAGUACCAUGUCAGCGAUAUAUCCAUUCCGUUACAAGAAUUGGAAAGGAGCAUAUGAAAGACUCCCUGAUCUUCAUUGUACAGAAGUUUAAUAUACUCCAAGUAAUCAACUAGCACUGAUUUCUAAAAAAGUUUAUAACUAUAAUUAUCCCAGAAUUGGCUUCUUCAGGCACCAAAUACUCUGAAAUCAAUGUACCAGUGCCAUUAAAUAUUGAUUUUAUAGAUUGAUUGCUUCACAGUUUACCAAUAAUGAUCACUUCCAAGGUAGGGCAGCUUCACAAACUAGUACUAAUCCUCUCUCAAGUAUGCUUCUAGAAAAUACUACUACGAAUCCAAUUAUAGCUAAAACCUAUAUAACACCGAUACGCCACCCUGUUGCCGUAUCGCGUAUCGGAUACGUAUCCGAUACCGAUACGCGACGGAUACACCGUCGAUACGUAUCCUGGGCGUAUCCGCGAGCUGGGCCGUAUUGGGCCGGGAAACCUCAGAUUCGAUACGUAUCCGUCGGCGUAUCCGCGAGCUGGGCAGUAUUGGGCCUUCAUCCUCCUCUAUCUGCAAAGAUCUGAGGUUCUCCUCUUCGAAAUCAACGUCCAUCUCUGUCGAAGAACUUCGCAACUUUCAAUUUACGAACUUCAAUCCGAUUUGGGAACAAAAUCGACAGUUAAUCGGAUAUGAAGAAGAAGAAGAAGAAGAAGAAGAAAGGGGAGGCGCCGCUAUUGCCUCAACUAGGGAUUGAAGAAAAUUGGAAAUGGGAGAAUGAAUUGGGCAAGAAGUAGUCACGAUGGAAAAGGAGUAUAUUUGGGGCUCAUUUUUUGGGCCAAUUUAUUACUCCAUUAACUUUGUCUAAUUUUGUAACUAUAAAUAAAUAUUUUGAUCAAUAUUAUUGGUAAUAUGGAUAAGUAUAACCAAAAAAUCGAUGUGGUGUAAUCGACCAUAAAAGAAAUUGACUUUAGCUUUUAAUAUUUUGUAAUUUUAUUAUUUUUAUUUGUAUAAUAACAUUAGAAUAUCUAUUUUGUAA